AUGGACCAACAAACUACUUCAAAUCCACUUGCGAAGGCUGCUAUUGCCAGACGUCUGAGAAGAUUUAUUUUGGCUCAGCGGAGAGCCUCACGUCGUCAUAAUCUCCCGCGUACACCUUCUGCCAUGCAAAAUCCUUUGACAUCCUCCAUCCAACACGAAUCCUAUUCUACACAUGGUAGUUGUUCCAUGGGUGGAAACCUGCCCUCAAAUGGAACACCUAUUUCUACUCAUUGCCAAUCCUUGCAGUAUUCCACUGCUCAUGCAAUGGCAAGGAAGAGGAGGAGGAUCAUAUUGUCUAACAGGAGGAAUGGCCUACAUCACCCAAACAAAGAAAAUAUUCCGUUGGGCGGAAAGGAUAAUCCUUCCACCAAUGUGACACCAACUUCAUGUAAUCCACGGCCUCUACCCGAAAACCGAUCUACACUGACUAACACAGCCCCUUCCAAUAGGCAUCUACGAGGUGGAGCACCCCUAAAAAGGGCCAGGCUUAAUCUUCAUGCUACCACUAAUCUACUUGCAGACUUUAACGAAGCAGUUCUUCAAGAUCGUAACACUGACGUGCCAUCUAUGUCUAAUGCACGUGUAAACGCUGUUACACAAAAUGCUAACACUGCAACUCAUGCAACAGAUGAGGCAAACUCUAGCUCCGAAGAUGAUAACAACUUGGGUGAAAAUUCGGAUGAUGAUUACGACGGAGUCGAUAAUGAACCGUGCGUGGAUGCCCAUCUGGAACAAUACUCUGACAUAGGAGAUCGAGUCUGGGAAUGUCAAUUUUGUCAUGCCUCUAUGUGGUAUCAGGAGCGGAAGGAAAAAUCACGACAUACAACUGUUCCUAAAUUCCCAAAGUGUUGUAGGAGCGGAAAAGUUGUACUACCGUUACUAACAACUCCCCCGCCCCUGCUGCAACACCUUCUACAUAGCGGUACCAGUUCAGAGAGCAAAAACUACCAAAGCAACCUACGUAUUUACAACGCCAUGUUUUCCUUCACGUCUCCGGGAAUGAAAUUCGACAAAACCGUUGCUGAUGGGAGAGGGCCGCCUACAUUGCGCCUGCAUGGUCAAACAUGUCACCGAAUAGGGACGUUGAUACCGGCAAAUGGUCAGACACCUCAGUAUGCUCAGCUUUAUAUUUUUGACACUGACAAUGAAAUAGAUAACAGGAUCAAGUGUUUCAGUGACAGUGAUGUGGUGAAUAGGGAUGUUGUUGGUAAGUUGAAGGAUAUGUUGGACGACUGCAAUCCACAUGCAAAGGUAUUUCGAAUGGCGAGGGAUCUUUUGAGGGGCAACCCUUACUUAGACUUGAAGAUACGAUUAAUCAGUGAUCGUCCCCAGGAUGGCCGUGUCUACAACACACCAACGACAUCAGAAGUUGCUGCUCUUAUUGUUGGAGAUAUUGAUCCUGAUACAACGCGAGACAUCAUCAUCCACGCCCGCAAUGGCCAUUUGCAACAAAUUACCGAAUUUCAUCCUGCUUACUUAGCAUACCAAUACCCUCUCAUCUUUGUUUAUGGAGAGGAUGGAUACAGGAAAAAUAUACUACACAACUAUGAACAUGAGCAUGAGGUUACGAGGAAAAAUCGUCAAUCAAUCAUGGAUUGGCUAGCUUUCCGGCUACAGGAUCGCCACCACGAGGCAAAAACAUUACUUCAUUCACGACGACUUUUUCAACAGUUUUUAGUGGAUGGGUUUGCAAUGAUGGAGUCUGAGCGUCUCAAUUGGUUAAGGACCAACCAAUCCAAGUUACGAGUUGGAAAGUAUAACAACUUGAAUGAUCGAUGCAACGGAGCUGAGGCAAAUACGGCACCAAAGCGAGGAAAGCGAGUUGUUCUGCCAUCUACAUUUGUUGGGAGCAAGCGUUACAUGGACCAACUCUAUUUCGAUGGUAUGGCCAUUUCAAGUAAGUUAGGCUUCCCUGAUUUGUUUGUGACGUUUACUUGCAAUCCUGCUUGGCCGGAAAUACAACGUGCCCUUUCCGGAACCAACUUAAAGCCACAUGAUAGACCUGACCUUAUUACUAAAGUGUUCAAAAUAAAAUUUGAUGAACUAAUGGAUGAUAUAACAAAGCGCCACGUUCUCGGGAAGGUUAUUGCAUUCAUGUACACUAUUGAAUUUCAAAAAAGGGGAUUGCCACAUGCUCACAUAUUAGUCUUUUUGCACAAUCAGAACAAAUACCCAACACCAACUGACAUUGAUAAAAUUAUCUGUGCUGAGAUACCGGACCCCGUGUUGGAACCAACUUUGUACAAACUGGUGUCGGCCCACAUGAUGCACGGCCCGUGUGGUCCAUCCCGUAUGACAUCACAGUGUAUGAAAAAUCGAAAAUGCACUAAAUUCUUUCCCAAGAAGUUCCAAGAAGACACAGUUGUUGAUGCAGAUGGCUAUCCCCUCUAUAGAAGACGUUCUAAUUCUCAUGUCAUUCAAAAAAACGGCGUCUCUUUGGACAACCGACAUGUUGUACCUUACAACGUAAGAUUCCUUUUGAAAUACCAUGCACAUAUUAACAUGGAGUGGUGCAACCAAAGUACAUCCAUCAAAUAUCUAUUCAAAUAUAUCCACAAGGGUUUCGAUAGAAUCACAGCAACAAUAACAACAAACUCAGCCUCUGCUGCCGACAAAGAACCAAUUGAUGAGAUCAAACAAUAUCUGGAUUGUAGGUAUGUCUCCCCGUGUGAGGCAUGUUGGAGGAUCUACUCUUACAAAAUCCAUGGAAGGAGGCCAGCGGUGGAACGAAUGUAUUAUCAUUUAGUAGGUGAAAAAGCGGUUUACUACCACGAUCACGCAAGAAUGGAGGAUAUACUGGAAAAGGCAAGCGUAACAGAGUCAAUGUUCACGGCUUGGUUGGUUGCUAACAGCAAGUACGAAGAAGCGCGCGAGCUCACAUAUGGCCAAUUUGUCUCUAAAUUUGUCUAUGAGAAAAAAACCAGAACUUGGAAACCGCGUAAAAAGGGCUUCAGCAUUGGUCGUUUGAUAUGGGUACCCCCGACAACUGGAGAGUUAUUCUACCUACGGCUUAUGUUGACUGUGGUUAAGGGACCUUCUACUUAUGAAGACAUUCGCAAAGUUGGCGACAUACAAUAUGAUACUUUUAGGGACGCAUGCUUUGCAAUGGGAUUCCUUGAAGAUGACCGGGAAUACAUAGGGGCGAUAAGGGAAGCAAGUGAAUGGGGUUCGGGUCAUUUUCUCCGCAAGCUUUUCGUGGUGAUGCUUUUGUCCGGAGCUGUUAAUAGGCCUGGUCAUGUUUGGAAUGAAACAUGGACACUGUUGGCUGAUGGUCUGCUUCAUGAACAAAGGCAGAUAGUAAACAAUACAGAUUUGGUGCUGACUGAAGAACAGUUGAUGAAUUUGACAUUAACUCAGAUUGAAAAGCUGCUGCAAGCAAAUCGAAGAACACUCCACGACUUUAAACCAAUUCCAUAUCCUGACGGUUACGUUCUACAGCAGUUAGGGAACAGACUAAUAUACGAUGAACGAAGUUAUGACGUGUCUGCAAUGCGAACCGAAUUCAGCAACCUUUCAAAUGAGCAAGCUAAAAUAUUUGAAAAAAUAAUGACUGUUGUCCACGCUCAAAAGGGUGGUGUGUUCUUUCUACAUGGUUACGGUGGAACUGGCAAAACAUACAUGUGGAGAACUCUUGCAAGUGCAUUGAGGUCCAAACAUGAUAUAUGUUUAACUGUUGCGACGAGUGGAAUAGCGUCUCUAUUAUUGCCUGGUGGUAGAACUGCACAUUCGAAAUUCAAGAUACCUGUCCCAACAAUGGAUAACUCUACCUGCAAAAUCGAGUACGAUGAUGAGGUUGCAGAACUUCUAAGACAGACUAAGCUUAUUAUAUGGGACGAAGCUCCCAUGGCACACAAGCAUGCUUUUGAAGCACUGGAUCGAACUUUGAAGGAUGUGAUGCGCACUUACGGUAAUUCAAAGGAAAUAUUUGGUGGAAAGGUGGUCGUAUUCGGUGGUGAUUUUAGACAGAUUUUGCCCGUUGUUCCUAGGGGAAGUCGUUCUGAUAUUGUACACUCUGCGAUAAAUGCUUCUUACAUAUGGCGGUCGGUUGAAGUUUUGACUUUGACACAGAACAUGCGACUACAAUCUGGCCCAAAUGAACAUGAAAAGAAAGAGAUAGCUGACUUCUCAAAUUGGUUGUUGCAGAUUGGUGAAGGAAAAAUUUCUGAGCCAAAUGAUGGAUUUGCCGACAUUGAACUGCCACAUGAACUUUUGAUAACAGAUUACACCGAUCCAAUCGUAGCCAUCGUCAACAGUACUUACCCCGAUUUCAUACAGAAUUACCAAUCUAAUGUCUACCUCAAAAGUCGGGCGAUACUUGCUUCCACAUUAGAAGUUGUCGAUCAAAUCAAUCGUCACGUGCUUGAUUUAAUGCCAGGUGACAUCAAGGAAUACUACAGCUCAAACACUGUCGACAGGUCGGAAAUUCAUGACACCAAUGUAGUCGAUAUCCUCACACCAGAGUUUCUCAGUUCACUAACUACUUCGGGUUUGCCUAACCACCACAUUAGCCUGAAGGUGGGAACGCCUGUUAUGCUUAUGCGUAACAUAGAUCAGUCGGAGGGUCUGUGUAACGGAACAAGGGUAAUGGUAACUAAGAUGGCCAACCAUGUCAUAGAGGCAAAAAUCAUGGCUGGAAAGAAUUGUGGUAAUUUGGUUUACAUCCCAAGAAUGGACAUGUCUCCCUCACAGUCUCCUUGGCCCUUCAAACUUAAACGGCGUCAGUUUCCAAUAGUUGUUUCGUAUGCAAUGACGAUCAAUAAAUCGCAGGGACAAUCACUGGAUACGGUCGGACUUUAUUUGCCAAGGGACGUAUUCACUCAUGGACAAAUCUAUGUUGCACUGUCAAGGGUCACAACUAAGCAAGGAAUCAAAAUAUUAAUAUAUGAUCAAAACGACCAGUCUAAGUCAACCACUACAAACGUCGUGUAUAAAGAGGUUUUCAAUAACAUAUAG